AUGGGGACUGCGGGAGGAAGCAGAAAUGAGGAGGUGGGCGUGAGAGGAGACCAAAGUGCGGCGACAGGGAGACCCGGCGCAAGCGAGCCCGGACCACACCCACAGGGGCUCGCUGCAGCUAACUCAGGUCGGGAAAAUGCGACAGCGACUGCCCACUCGAGGUCGUCAUGGCGACAGCCAGUGAAUGUGUUCCUCUCCUCGGGCAGGCCCCCGAGUGUAGAGGAACUGCUUCGCGAGGCGCAGCUCAAUCUCCAGAGCCUGUUGCAAGAAGAAUAUGAGGAACAGUAUUCGGAGGCCAGACUUCUGGGGCAGACCUUCCGCUCUACUGAUGAGGCCCCUGAGCCUACCCCCAGCCCAAGGCCCCAGUCUGCCAAGCGUCUGGAGUUUGUAUUGAUGCCUGCAAAACGGCAGCUGAGCGAGGAUGAGACCACGACCCAGGGUGUGAGGGCCCCCGAGGCCUGCCUGAGCCUGUCUCCUGCCGACAAGCAAACUGCCUGGAAUGGCCCCUUCCCUCUACCCAUCCUAAAGGAGAAGCUCUGGCUUCAGCCCUGCUCCACGCAGUCUGACCUUGUGCCAAUCAACAUCUCUGGGCAGCAGUUUGAUAGACAUGCAAGUUUUCGACACUCGUUGUUUAACACAGAGACAGCCGUGAACCCCAAGUCCACCCUGAGGCGGAGGCGGACCAUUAUUGGAUUCUCUAACUUUUCUCAGCGAGACCAAGGAUACAGCAGCAGCCCCACAGGCAGCCUGGCCCACUCUGCCACCUCAGACAUCAGGCCUGGCCACUCAGCUCCACAAGCUGUUCAGGGAAGAGUUGCUGUUGGACAGGAGGCUCGGUUCCCAAGUCUCACCUCACCAGGACUGAGACACUCUUCUAGUGAGCCUGGAGACACUCAGCAGGCACGCAGUGGCCCAGACCCUCCCGGCAUGGAGAGCAUGGCAGUGGUGUACAGUGUCCCCAGUUCUUGCAAUGGACCAACAGAGUCAACGUUCUCCGCUUCCUGGAAGGGAGAUGCUUUCACAUACAUGACCCCAAGUGCCAGCAGCCAGGGCAAUCAAGUCAGUGAAAAUGGAAAAAACCCUUCCUCGGGGAAUUCUUGGGUCCCUCUGAGCACACUCCCACCUCUGGUUCCUAAGGAAGCGGCCACGCUCUUUGUCACCCGCGAUAACCCCGCAGGAUGCACUGGGCUACCCAGCUACUCUGAACACCCCACUCUACGAAGACAGAUGCCAGAAAGACCUCCCAAGAUUGGCCUUCUUGCUCGUGGUACCUCAAGGCUGGAAACAGGCCCAGGUGGGACCAACAGGUUCCGGGAGCGGUCACUGUCUGUGCCCACAGACUCGGGUGUUACCUCAGUGGACUAUGAUGAAGAACAGAAGGCCAGUGAGGCCCGCAUCCUGCCUUAUGCCAGUACAAGCUCCGAGGGCAGUAACAGUACUGACAACAUUGCGGCCCUCAGCACUGAGCAAGAGGCAAGGCACAGAAGACAAAGAUCCAAAAGUAUUUCACUCAAGAAGGCCAAAAAGAAGCCCUCUCCACCCAUGCGAAGUGUCUCGCUCGUCAAAGAUGAGCCAGCUCUCCCACCAGAAGGUGAAUUGGCACUGCCCAAGGACCAGAGGCCCAGGAGCCUUUGCCUCUCCUUGGAACACCAAGGGCACCACCCACCUCGCCCAGAUGCUCAAGGUCACCCAGCUGUGCCAAUGCUCAAAGAUCCAGAAGGUACGCAGUUCUCUCACCACUGGUAUCUAACUGACUGGAAGUCUGGUGACACCUACCAAUCUUUGUCCAGCUCCAGCACUGCCACUGGCACCACAGUUAUUGAGUGCACUCAAGUUCAGGGAAGCUCAGAGUCUCUGGCCUCCCCUUCCACCUCCAGAGCGACAACACCCUCCCAGCUCUCCAUUGAGGUGGAAGCCAGGGAAGUAGCCUCCCCUGGGAGGCCCACUGGACUCAUGUCCCCUUCUAGUGGUUAUUCCAGCCAGUCAGAGACACCCACCCCCACUGUCUCCAUGUCCUUGACCCUGGGCCACUUACCUCCUCCAAGCGCUAGUGUCCGAGUACGGCCAGUGGUACCAGAAAGGAAGUCAUCACUGCCCCCAACAUCACCAAUGGAGAAAAUCUGCAAGUCGAGGUUAUCAUUUGACCUACCAUUGACCUCUUCAACCACCCUGGACCUGUCUGGGAUGAGUAUCUCCAUCCGCAGCAAAACCAAGGUGAGCCGCCAUCAUUCUGAUACCAAUUUUGGGGCCAAACUGGCACAGAAAACUAGUCCAAACCAACCGAUCAUGCCCAUGGUUACUCAGUCUGAUCUCCGUUCUGUUCGCCUGAGGUCAGUCAGCAAGUCUGAGCCAGAAGAUGACAUUGAGAGCCCAGAUUACACAGAGGAACCCGGAGCAGAAGAAGUCUUCACUUUGCCAGAGAGAAAAAUGAAACCUCCCAUAGCCGAGAAACCUCCACUGGCCCGAAGGCCUCCAAGUUUGGUCCACAGGCCACCCUCUCUCCCUGGGGAGUAUCCACUAACUUCUCCUACUAUGGCUAUGACACCCAGGAGCUCCAUUCCACACAUGAAGCAGCUCCCCCAAGACAGCUACACAGUGUUGCGGAAACCAAAGUCACCCAGCUUCCCCAGUGGGAGGAGCCCCGGUGAGUCAACAGCAGCCUCCAGCCUUGUCUUCUCACCUCUUGCCAGUUCCUCCGGUGCUUUCUUCUCAGGAACACAGCAACCUCCCCAGGCCAGUGUAGAAGACGGAGGCCCCAAGGUGAGAGCCCUGCCUGAAAGAAUCAGCCUCCAGUGCCAGGAAGAAGCUGAGAAAAAGAUGACCAAGAUUCCACCUCCAGUACCAAAAAAGCCCAGUGUGCUCUACCUGCCUCUCGCCUCCCCUGUAGCUCAAAUGGAUGCCUGCAUGGAAGAACCAAGGCUGCCUUUCAGCCCCAUCAUCACCCUGGAGGAAGAUUCCAAGUGUCCCUCCACUGGUGAUGACCAGAAGUCACCUGAUAAAAGGGGGACUUCAGCUCUUCACAUUGACAGAGAAAAAGAGGCCAUCUCUCCAGGGAGGUCUGUGGAACCGAGUGCCGAAGAGAAAAGUUUAAUCAGUGAUAAAACAGCCGAAUGGAUUGCAGAGGAGGAUGAUGACGUGUUUGUGGCUUCCCGCACAACUGAAGAUUUAUUUACUGUGAUACACAGGUCCAAAAGAAAGCUACUGGGCUGGAAAGAGACUGGGGAGGGCUUCACAGGAAGCAGACCCAGCUCCCAUUCACCAGUGAAGAAUACAGCUGAUUCCCCCACCGGUGAGUCUGCUGCUGCCCCAGGGCCAAGUGGCAGUGCCUGCCUAGAUGCUGGUAGAAAUGAUGAUUUCAAGGCCUUGCUCCAGAAGAAGGGAAGUAAGGCAACUCCUAGGACCCGCCCCUCAGCGGCCGAGCUGCUGAAGACCACCAACCCUCUGGCUCGAAGAAUUAUUGCACAGUUCUCAAAAGACUAUGAACCCACUGACAACCCCAGUACCUAAGCCCUGCUUACUUACUAGACCUGAGUAGAGAAGGAGGAAGACAGAGGGUUUUUUGAAAGGAAUCAACCACAGAAAAGACAAAAGAAUCAAUGUCUUUGACGUUAACUCACACUCUGGACAGCAGAGAGGACAACACAAAAAUGGAGCUCACCGGGCACUCGGAUAGGCUUCAGACCAUCUGCAUUUCCAUUCUUUCAUCCUUGCCAUGACUGAACAUUGGAGUCUGACUUUUCAUCUCCCGGCCCUGUGCACUAAGAGACCCUCAGAUUCGGGAGCCUGUAUGCCACCUUGACAAUGUCCUAGCUGCUUUGUCCACUGGCUCCUGUCACUGAGAGGCACAGUGGGGAGAACAGAUUGAGGACUUCCAAACCAGGCCUGGGGACAGAGGGUAUCAGUUCUACUGCUGAUUAUCUACUCUCUUGAAGAGGCCUUGAUGGCCCUAUGUGAAGACACAGAAAGACACCAAGGCCUCCUCAACCACAGUGUGACUUUCCUCCAGAGAGCGUUUUGCAGGCGUGCACUAAUUAUGGCAUGGGGUUGAUUGGAUGCCUUUUGUGGUGCAAAGUAUGAAUGUGACUCUUCCAAAACUUCAUGCCUUUUUCAGUUUGAUUGUCUAUGCGGAGAUCAGGGUGAUGAGUUUUAAUAAACUUCUAGGUCGCUCCCCCCCCAUUAGCUAGAAAAGAUGGGACUGGGUGGUGUUGACUGAACCAAGCUCAGCAAACGAAUGGGACAUUUGUUCACUCACGUCUAGCCAAGGUGACUCACAUGUGCGCCUUGAGGUCUUUCGCGUGUCUGUCAACAUGGGUAGCCAGGAUCUGUUCCCAGCUCAUGCUGGAUACUCCAAGAACUCUCAUUUCACUUGCAUGUAACAUUCAUUACAGGAAGUAUGUAGGUGAAAGACUGGCAUCAUCAAAAGCUCCAGGAGUGGAAAGUAAGUUUAUCUUGUCCUGAUACCAUUCGAUUCAGAUUGUGCUUUUUUGUGGUUGCUUGGGUUUUGUUUAAAGGAAGUCUGACUCUUUCAAAAGUUGAAAACCUGUACAGUGAAAAAAAGAUCUACUCAAAAUCAAAAAGGCAGCCUUGCUAUGGCCCAGAAUAUAAAAAGGCUACUUUUUUGCCAUCUAGGUACUGCUAUUUGGCCAACUUUCAGUUAGCCGUGGUGGAGAACAGCAGAGGAGCUAAGAUCAAUAGAAGGCGGAAAGACUUCCAGAACAACCACAAUUACCCCUUCUUUUCCAAAAUCAACAGGCGCUGGCUGUUCUUGUCAAUUCAAUUUUGUAAGAAGAGCAAGAGCUCCUGAUUUCCAUAUACCUGGUUUCUGAGGGGCUAAGGAUAAGAUAGGCCAAACACUGAGCAGAGAGACCUUGCUGGCCUGUGCUGGAAAGUUCACUGUCUUCUGGUCCCAAGGGGCCAAAAGGAAAUGAACUUGUAGCAUGCUUUGCAAAAACAAACAAACAACAAACAAACAAACAAA